AUGUAUAAGGAUGAUGGUGAGUACAAUAAUUCGGAGGAAUUGGGAACAAAGAGAAGAAAAAUAAUCAAGGAUGAUGAGCACAACUUGGAAUUGGUGGCGGCGGAGGAGGAGGACCGAAUCAGUAAGUUGCCACAUGAAGUUGUUGUUCGUAUAGUGUCACUAUUGACCCUAAAGGAAGCAGCAGCGACUAGUAUCCUUUCUAGGCGAUGGCGGUAUGUCUGGGCAUCUACUACGACUCUCAAUUUAGACGCUGUUAACUUUGAGACCGUAUACUUCUAUAGACUUGAUGAAAAUAUACUAAACCAAGAAGGCCGUAAGUACGUCAAUUAGGUGAAUCGGGUGCUGGAGCAGCAUAGAGGCCAAAGCAUUGAACGUUUCCGGGUUAUCUUUUUUCUAGACAAGGGCUUUACAAGUGACAUUGAUAAAUGGAUUCAAUUUGCAAUGGAAAAGAGAGUUCAAGUACUUCAGCUGGACUUGUUGGCAGAAUGGGCGAAUUACAGUCCAUAUGACUAUGCGUUUCCCCACAAACUAUUGGGUAUGGAAAAGGGAUCUGCUUCGAAGCACCAAUUUUAUGGCUUUCCAAGCCUAGGCUCUGGUGGAUAUUACAAUAAUAAUAUUGGUUUCAAGUCCCUCAAAGUUAUUCGUUUCCGACAUGUUGCUGUGACCGGGGAACUUGUCGAGUUCUUAUUGUCCAACUGUCCACUUCUUGAGCGAGUAUCUCUAACUAUAGCUUGAGAUUUAGUUAAUUUGAGAGUUGUUGGUCCCUCGAUUGCAUUAAAACAUUUGGAGAUAAAAUAUUGUCAACAACUCAAAAACAUUGAGAUUUCUAAUGCAAACAUUGUCUCAUUUGUUUUUUGUGGAUUUUUGGUACCAUUGCUGUUGCAUAUCAAGAAUGUACCGCGGCUUGUUGAGGUUGCCAUUAACAAGUUAGGCAAUGAUUAUAGUGAAUUCAUAAGGUUUGCUUUCAGCCAACUUUCAUCCUGUCUUUUUCAUCUAGAGAUUUUGAAGCUGGAUAUCAGAGAAGCCGUGUACAAUCCGAAUCAUGUAUUUCCCAUACUAGCAAAUCUGAAGCAUUUGCAAUUAUUAGUCGAUGCAGACUACUAUUUGUCCCUUGGUCGGUUAGCUUCUUUCAUGAAGGCAGCUCCUUACAUGCGGACACUAAAUUUUGGGUUGGGUAUCGGAACUCCCGAUUGGAGGACAGCAAUAAUAGAGAAAGCUAAUGCCAACUGCCCCCAAUACUACCUCAAGGAAGUAGAAAUUUCAGGGUACCGUGGCUAUGAAAUGUUAUGA